AUGGAGGAUGUGGUCAAGGUGGCAUGGUCGGGCAGAGUGGGUGCUCGGCAGCUGCGCAAGGUGAUGGAAGGUGCGGUGUGGCGAGAGCUGGCGCUGGUGGAGACCAAGACUGGCGGCCUCGAGCUGGUGGCGGUCGAUGGCGAGCCGGAGAAGCCGGUGGUUGUGGGGAGAGCACGGGCGAGAGCACCGCUGCUUGAUGUCAAGUUUUAUCCGCGGGAUGCAGGCAUGUUUCUCUCGGCAGACGCCAAGGGCGAAGUCGCCCUGUUUGACACAGCCAACAUGGUCGUCGCCACCCAGUUCCGGCUCGGCUCGGGCUCGGCGGCACACUCGCUUGCACUGCCAGAUUGCUCGGCGGCGGCGCCGCUGGUGGCGGUCGGCUCGGGCACUGGCGAGGUUCGGCUCAUUGAUCUCCGAUCCGGUGGCUUUACCCACUCAAUGCCGAACCACGCGGACGUGGUCACCUCGCUCGCCUUUGGAUCCGGCGACGCGUCGGUCCUGGUCUCGGGCUCGGCCGACGGCAGCAUCUGCAUCUACGACAUCCGACGGGCUGGUCGGCUCAUGACCCUCGACUUGGCGCUGACGUCAGAGAGCGGAAGCGCCGGGCCUCUCGAUCUGCCGCCCGGCUACGUCGCCGGCCUCGCCCACCAUCACGGCGUCUCGUCGCUUGUCAUGGCCAGCAAUGGUGCCUGUCUGUACUCGGCCGGCCGCGAUGGCGCCAUCCGGCAGUGGGACAUGGCCUCGGGCGCCAACACGCUGCUCAACUUUGGCACCUUUGGCGGCUCGUUGACCCUCAACUCGGUUCCCGGGACGCUCGCGCUCUCGCCGGGCGACGACGUGCUGUACUACCCGGUCGCCCGCCACGGCAUCGGCGUGUUUGAGACCUCCACCGGCGAGCACAUCGACACGCUCAGCGCACACUUUGCCACCAUCACUGGCCUCACCACCCUUGCCUUUAAUCACAUCCUCGUCUCGGCUUCCACCGCAGGCGCCGUUCUCCUCUGGGCCGUCCCGCCGCCCUCGCCCGACGCGCCUGACGACCUCGCCCGCCUCGGCUGGGCACCCGAGGACGUCGACUCGGACGACUCGGACUGGGAUGCCUUGUGA